GAUAUAAAUUAUUUUUCUUGUGUUAUUUCGGAUUCACUUCACCAUGGCUGAUAAAAGACAGCACAGUUUGUCGAAAGAAGAAAUAGCGAAGCAGUUUAUGCUGCCAGAGAGGAAAAGCAAAAUCGCAACGUUAUUGAAACAGGACGGUCAAGCAUAUUGUAUUUGUAGAAGCUCCGACAGUUCUCGCUUUAUGAUAGGAUGUGAUGCAUGUGAAGAAUGGUACCAUGGUGAUUGCAUAAACAUAACCGAAAAAGAAGCAAAACAUAUAAAACAAUUUUUCUGUGUUCGCUGUAGAGAAGAAGAUCCAACAUUGAUAACACGAUACAAACCACGUAGGAUUGAUCAAGAUGACAGGAAACAUAGAAAAUACAAAGAGAAGGAAAGAGGGCAUCGAUACGAAUAUGACGCGCCAUGGGGUCCUAAAGUAGAAAAAAAAUCCUCCAAACGCUGUGGAGAGUGUACAGGAUGUCUACGUACAGAAAAUUGUGGCAAAUGUGACGCUUGCAGGCAUCUGAAGAAAUUCGGACCUUCGGUACGACUGAAGCUCAGAUGUAUUCAACGUACUUGCCGUGUAGUAGGUGAUCCGCUAAAACCGUCCAAAAGUCUCAAUAAGGGAACGAAAUUAACCAAGAGACGGAAGAGGGAUUCGAGUAACGAGAGGAACGAGUAUUUGGAACCACCGCGCCAUUGUUAUGGACCCACAUGCACGAAACAAUCGCGACCCGGUAGCAAGUAUUGCUCUGACGAUUGCGGUUUGAAGCUGGCAACGAGUAGAAUCUAUCAAGUGCUGCCGCAGCGAAUACAGGAAUGGUCGUUGACCACAUGCAUCGCGGAGCAAAAUAACAGACGCGCUCUGGAAACCGUGAGAAAGCAGCAACAUGAUGUCCGUAGAAUAUUGCAAGAAUUAGAAAAGAGACACAUCGAAUUAGACCGUAUUGUCGAACGUGCGAAGCACGCGUCCAUCGAUCCACAAGCUGAAGUGGAUGACAAUGACGACACAGAGAGCAGCAUGUACUGUAUAACGUGCGGCCACGAAGUCAACUCAAGAACCGCCAUUAAACAUAUGGAAAAAUGUUUCAAUAAGUACGAAUCGCAAGCGUCCUUCGGCUCGAUUUUUAAAACACGCAUCGAGGGCCAGGUGAUGUUCUGCGACUUCUACAAUCCUGGAAACAGAACUUAUUGCAAAAGGCUGCGUGUUCUCUGUCCCGAACACUGUAAGGAUCCGAAAAUUGGCGACGCUGAAGUAUGCGGUUGUCCAUUAGUCACGAACGUCUUCGAUGCCACGGGCGAAUUCUGUCGCGCGCCUAAAAAGAGCUGCGUAAAGCACUACAUGUGGGAGAAAUUACGACGAGCAGAGAUCGACAUGGAGAGAGUGAGGCAGUGGUUGAAGAUCGAUGAGCUCGUGGAGCAAGAGAGGCAGAUCCGGUCGAACAUGGCGACGCGAGCUGGUGUAUUAGCUCUGAUGUUACACUCUACUUAUAAUCACGAGCUAAUGGAACAGAUGACGCAGGAACAGAGUAGAGAACAACUGCAGGCAAUGGAAGAAGAAUUACAAAGAAGAUACGGUGGACAUCAACAGAAGGAACAACGCAUGGAAUAAUCUUUAUUAUACUUAAGUAACCAUUACUAGACCUGUAACUUUCAGCUGCACUUAUCACAUUUUUUUUAUUUCCUCUUUUUUUAAAUAUAUAUAUUUUUCAAUAUAUAUUAAGAGAUGAAAAUGUAAAAAAAGAAUGCAGCUAAAUGACCUGUAGUGUUAUUUUAACAUAUUGUUUGUUUGGAAUUACGCGUAGCACGGUCGAUAGUCCUAAACAAAUAUAAAUCGCGUGGACUGAGAACAAAAAUUGACGAGUCACAGAAAGUUGGUACAGUAGUUGUAAACGUGUACUAUAAUGUAAUGUGCGUAUAUACAUAUGUAUAUUAUAUUAUGUACCUGUUAAUGUAAAAUAGAUUAAGAUAAUUUCAUAAGAUGAAUAAUAGUUCUUUUAAGCUCUGCCAUUUUUAAAUAAAUUUACAUAAAGUCUAAAUACAUUCUGAUGACACGUUUAUAUCUUCGAAGAAAAUAUAUGUGAAAAAAAGAAUAUUUGUUAAUAUUCAUUCUGUAAUCGUACUUACGCUCAGAUGAUGUUCAAACAUAUUAUAAUCCACGUUCUCAAUUAAUAUAAAACUGAAGAAAUCUCCAAAAAAGUGGUAUGCAACAGAUGGAGAAGCAGAUAUUUCUUUUCGGCAAUAUUCGUUAUUAUUUACAUUAUAGUAUAUAGAGAUGCAGACGUCAGGAUUUUUCACACACUCCGACAAUUAAUCAUUUCAACAAAAACCAUUUAUUCACAGGUCGUAGCCUCUGCGGAUGCAAAAUAACACGCCAAACUAGCGAUCUAUCGCUUAGCUUCGGAAAAUAAUCGCGCAUAGAAUGGACAUAUUUUUUAUUCCUCUCAGGAGAACCGCCUGUUUCGAAUCGCUUCCCCUUAAAUGCAUUAAAUGACGCGAUAUUUGCUGAGCUCUUUGUCAUCGAUCGCUGGAACUAUUAUUAGUUAUCGUCAUUUUGGAAGUUUACGUAAAAUAUCAAAUAGACAAUAAGUAUCAUCCUCCGUCUAUGGAACCGAGAGUGCUAUCUCAGGACACACUUUCAAUAACUAACAUUGCUUUACUCACAAUAUAUCUAUAUAUAACAAACAUAAUAAUAUAAACUUAUGCGAUGCAAUAAUUAAUAAUUAUUAAACAAAUGUGUCAAUGUGAUGGCAGUACGAAGCUAAUGCAUAUCCGGAUGUCCGUACAAAUUAUGCGAUAAAAGUUAACUUUCUAAUGUCCAUUUCUAUCAAUUGUUUUUUUUUAUCUUGAUUUAAUGUAGUCUUUACUCUUUAUAACUUUUAGAAUUGUAGAAAAAAAUAAAAAAGUAAAUUACACCGAAUUAAUCUACACAUUGAUAGAAACGUACUAACUCAUGUAAUCUUAAACUAAUUGUUUCGCGAUAAAGACUGCGAGAAGCAAUCAGUGGAUAGGCCACGAUGGAAUUAAUCGUCGAGUUCGUAAUAGACAAAAUUUGAA